GACCUAUUGGAAACCUAACCAGAAUUUUAUCGUUCGAGAAUCGAGCGAAUCGCUGGUAUUAAUUAAAAACCGAAAUAAAGCUUGGGAUGUAUAUAUUUAGUUAAAAAUAUAUAAAAAUGGCCCGGUAUAAUUGAUCGCGAGGAAGACGGCCGUUGAUUGGUCGCGGGGCCAGACGUGGGUGGGGCUUAGUCCUCACAACAAAUGAUGUCAUAAAAUCCAUAGGGUAAAAAUAAAAACGCAAAAAAAGUAACAAAAAAGAAUUAAAAACUGCUGCCUUGAUGAAGCGAAUUCUGAGCCGAUAUUGAAGGAAUACGCGGCGAGAAGAAGUGAUAUUAGGCUGUAUGUGUGUUGUGGGAGGGGCCGUUGUGAGUCUGUGCGAGUUUUUCUAUGAUUUUUUCACAUGUCUGGAGACGCCAAGUACAUCAGUCUCUACUACAGCCUUGUUCACCAGGGAGCCUCCGAUUUCUACAAGGAAAUCAUCAAAGGCCCUGGUGGCAACAUGAGCUAUUUGCCUCCAUGGGCACCAACCUCAGGGGGAGGCCACUACCCACCACACAUGCUGCCUCCACAUCCUUCCACGUCGUCUUCACACUCGCCACAGACGACUCAUAGCACAACACAGGCCAACACAUCUGCAUCUGUGUACCAGAAUCUUUCCCCAGUAGUGAAGAGUGUCCCGCCAGCAAGUGUUUCCAUCAUUCAGUCAAAUACCACUUCUAAGCCAUCUACCGCAUCUUCCGCUGGGUCAACAGCUACAACAACUUCCUCAUCUACGUCAUCGUUAUCCAUUGAUGAUCCCUAUGAGCCUCAAGGAUUUCAGCGUUCAGAAUCUCCGCCUCUGAAGCGGCCAAACCUGGGGGAUGCCGUCAAGACAGAAAACCACAACACAAGAGACUCUCCAGUCCAAGACAUGAUUCUGGGACUUGCAGGGCCGAGCACCCUUGAUCUUAAGACUGGCAUGAGGAAUUUGCUCUUUGGUCCUGUCAGGUCCCCGGGGAAAUACCCUGCACCAGAGCAGCUGCCCGGCCCUGUUAUGUUUUCCUACCAGGGCAGAGGGAGGCCUCGGAAAAAUUGGACCCAUGCAACGGGACUGCCAACCAUGAUUCCGGUGACCCAUCCACCCAUCAUCCAUGGAACACAUGGAGGCUCCCCAGAGGACCCGGAUGAUGAGGAAAACAGACCUUUUAAGUGUAAUCUCUGUGGCAAAGGGUUCAAACUCAAAGGAGGACUCAUGCAGCAUGAAAGAACUCACAGCACUGACCGGCCAUACGUAUGUCCCGACUGUGGGAAGCUCUUCCGGCAGCCUACUCACUUGCAGCAGCAUUUAAGGAUUCAUACUGGAGAGAAACCAUAUGAAUGUGCAUUUUGUGAUAAAUCAUUUAGACAGAGAACAAUAUUAAAUCAGCAUCUCAGGAUACAUACGGGAGAAAAACCAUAUGCAUGUAUGGAGUGUGGCAAGCAAUUUCGACAAAAGGCAAUACUAGAUCAGCAUUUUAGAACACAUCUAGGCGAGAAGCCUUAUGCUUGUCCACAUCCAUCUUGCAGAAAACAUUUUAGAGAGAUGGCGACUCUCAUUUCUCAUAUGAAGUGCCAUAAAGAUGUGCCUGAUCCCAGGAUUGUUCUUCAACAGGCAAAACAGUUGAUUAAAGAGGAGCGCCAAGAUAAUCCACCUUUAAGUCGUGAACAUGGGGAGGGCCCAGAUAGAGGGCUUGGCCAAGACAGAAUAGGACAAGAAGGGGGAGUAGGACAGGACAGGUUAGGGCAAGAUCUGGGGAUGGGACCAAAUAGGGUAGGGCAGGACAAUGUCAAUCAGAGAGAAAGUGGGAGUGGGAGUUCUGAACAAGGAGGGUACCAAAACAGCGGAGAUCAAAUCAGGCAUGGCCACAGACCCUUUCCUCCGCCAAAUUCCUCAGAUUCCAAUGUAGCUCAGAAAUCUCCGCAUCCCCUGUCACAGCAUUCUGGAGGGGACCAGUCAAGUGAGAAUUCCUCUGGACCGCCACAGCAAGCACACUCGCAGUCAUUAACAACUAACAUGAUGCCAACUCCUCCACAGAUGGCCAUGGCGAACCUGAUUCCCUAUCCCCACUCCAUUUUUCCAGCCACAUCUUACAUGAUGCCGCAGCCUGACCCAAGACAAUACCACCCACAAUCACAACAACAACAUCGACCUAAUCAGUAAAUUUGCUGACCAUAUUCUUGAGACAUAUUAGGGCUUAAUGGGCAUAAAAUUAUUUUUGUUUAUUUCAUAUUUGAAAUUUCUUUUUUCUUUUUUUCAUCAAAAUAAUUUGAAUAAUAUCAUACAAUGGAAUUUAGAACUAUGCAAGCAAUCUUUACAACUAACAAAUGAAAACAAAAUUUGGGCAGGGGAUACAUACAAACACAUACCUGAAUUUUUUCCCGGUGAUUCUGAUUAUCAGAAAUAAAAGUUGUAUAUGUACAAUUCUUACAUAUUUCCUGUGAACUAAGAAGAAACAAGACUAGAAAAUUAUAUUCAUGAUGGAAUUAAAAGGUUACAGUUCCUAAUUAUUGGAAGCACAGAAAUAACCUCAGAGGUGGAGGAACAGAAGGUAUCGUAUUACAACUACUAGAUUUAACAUCUAAGGAGAAAACAGUCAUUAGGUAGGGGUGCUGUGUCUAGUUUUGUAGAUUGUAGUAUUUUGUCAUGAUGGUUAUACCAUUGUGAUGAGCCUUUUUUUUUUUUUGUCUCAUUUAUUUUGUUAUGAAGGUACAGGAGUGUCCUAAGGCAUAAAUUGAUAUAUGUAUAAGAAUUCAAUGUGUGUAGUUACUUAGUCUUUCUUACAUGACAGUUGUUACUGAUGAAUGUCAGUACAUAGCAUUCUUUGUAAAGUGUUUUACAAACUACUUUUUUUUCCCCCUGAAAUAUGUCAUCCAGGCGAGAUUAGAGUGAAGUAUUAUAUGUACUUAAUAUGCAUAUGAACUCGCAGCAUAGGUUUGGGUUUAGCUAAAAUGGCAAAAUGCAGAUUUUAAUUGUAAAAAGAAAAAAAAAAAGUGACCAUUUUUAAGAACCAGUGACAAGUUUUGAUUUUAAAACAAGUCUGCAUUGUUGCUGUCUCUGUGGCUUGCCCAUAAUCUUAUAGAUGUUAUGAGAAGGUAAAGGGUGCUUUGGUGGGCAUUCACAUUGUUGUAAAUAUUAACUUAACGAGCAUGCCAUGGCCCAGCAGCAGUCUUUUUAUAGUGCAAAGCAGAGCAUCUGUUUCUUGACUUUGUAACAAGUAGACAGUGUAUUAGUUUAAUUAUAUUGUUUUGUCACAAGUUGAGUUAACUUGGAUAAUUUAUGUAGAUACUUGAACUUUUUUUAAUCUAUAUACAGUAUUUUUUCAUUGAAAAUCAUUCAGUGAAUGUUUGUUGUUUAUAAGUUUGCUUAAUAUAUUAAGUUAUAGUGUAUUUUAAUAUCUAAAGAUCUCAAUUUUCAGAUUGCUGAAUUGAUUAAAGAACAGUAUAAAA